UCGGCUCCUUUUUGUCCAUCGUGCACCGUCCUCCGUGCUCGCCCCGCUGGUGCUUUCUGUGCCCUUUCCUGGGGUAGAUCCAACCCUCAACUCCCACCGCUUUGCGUUUUCUUCAAGACCUCUUGCACAUCUGGCUACCCCUGCAGAGCGUCACCCCUGCACGCCUCUUCUGUAUUGCUCCGUUCUCCUCCUGGCCUCCUCUCAAUCUUUCCCCCCUUCUCCUCCUGCAGCCCCAGCAAUUUCACUGACCCUACCCUUGUGAUCCAACUCUUGUGCCUCUUACUCUCCAAUUGUAUGAGAUCUGCAAAUGAUAUCUCCACCUUUGCACAUUUCCUGGCUGUGAACAGCUCCCUGUCCCAAUUUUUUUGGUAGGGCCUGACAGCACCAUGUCUGAGCUAAAGGACUGCCCACUUCAAUUCCACGAUUUUAAAUCGGUGGACCAUCAAAAGGUGUGCCCCCGCUACACAGCUGUCCUGGCCCGUUCCGAGGAUGAUGGCAUCGGCAUUGAAGAACUCGACACGUUGCAGCUGGAGCUCGAAACGCUGCUGUCUUCUGCUAGCCGCCGACUUCGGGUAUUGGAGACUGAGACCCAGAUCCUGACAGACUGGCAAGAUAAGAAAGGGGACAGAAGAUUUAUGAAGCUGGGCAAGGAACAUGACUUGAGCAUCAUUACUAUCAAACAUAAAACCAAGAAGCAGAAGCUGGAAGGGAAAGGAGGUCACAGCACAAGGCCGGGCCCUGGCCGGCCUAAAACUACGAACCUGCAGCCUAAAAUCCAAGAGUAUGAAUUCCCAGAUGACCCCAUUGAUGUCCCCCGUAUUCCCAAAAAUGACAUGCCUAAUAGGUUUUGGGCCUCUGUGGAGCCAUAUUGUGCUGACCUCACCAGUGAGGAGGUGCGUACCCUAGAAGAGCUGCUCAAGCCUCCGGAAGACGAAGCUGAACACUACAAGAUCCCGCCCCUGGGGAAGCAUUACUCCCAGCGCUGGGCCCAGGAAGACAUGCUCGAAGAGCAGAAGGAUGGGGCUCGGGCUGCAGCGACUGGCGAUAAGAAGAAAGGCAUCUUGGGGCCGCUGACGGAGCUGGACACUAAAGAUGUCGAUGCUUUGUUGAAGAAGUCGGAGUCCCAGCAUGAGCAACCUGAGGACGGCUGCCCCUUUGGUCCUCUGACCCAGCGUCUCUUGCAGGCGCUUGUAGAAGAGAACAUCAUCUCCCCCAUUGAAGAUUCACCUAUUCCCGAAAUAGCAGGCAAGGAUUGUGCAGCUGAUGGCGCCAGCACUUCCCCCCGCAGCCAGAACAAGCCCUUCAGCGUGCCCCACACCAAGUCUCUGGAAGGCCGGAUCAAAGAAGAGCUGAUUGCUCAAGGCCUGCUGGAGUCAGAGGACCGACCUGCUGAGGACUCGGAGGACGAAGUGUUAGCCGAGCUGCGAAAGAGGCAGGCGGAACUCAAAGCCCUGAGCACCCACAACCGAGCCAAAAAAGGCGAGCUGCUCAGGCUGGCCAAGGAGGAGUUGCACAGGCAAGAGCUGCGCCAGCGUGUGCGCAUGGCAGACAACGAGGUCAUGGAUGCCUUCCGCAAGAUCAUGGCAGCCCGCCAGAAGAAGCGCACCCCAACGAAGAAAGAGAAGGACCAGGCCUGGAAGAGCCUCAAGGAGCGCGAGAGCAUCCUCAAACUGCUUGAUGGCUAACGCCGAGGGCGGGAGGUGUUUCAAUGCCAGCCGCUGGGCCCGGCUCCUCCACUUCAGCCAUAGGAGAGGCCCCUGGCUUUUCAGGGAGGUGCCAGCUGCAAACACAAGACUGUAGCGGCUCCCUUCCGCAUCCUGUCUGGCCAUGUUGCAGCAGGCUGGGGGCUUUGGCAGCUUGCUACCUUUUUCUGCGUGUGGCUGUGAGCGUCGGCACUGUGAGACGGGGGGCCUGCAUCGCUAAAAAGCGGCAGCCCCCUCUUUGUCAUUUGUAGGAGGCCAGUUGGCUGUAGGUGGCUCUUGUGGACUGCCUUGGCGGGUUGUCUUUCCUGCCGUGGUUCCUUUUGCUCCGCCUCAUCUGAACAAUUGGAGGCUACGGCUACAGGGGGUGAUGAGUUUCAUAGGUGAGAGCAAAAAUGCCCCCACAGUGCCUGAGUGGUGUACAUUUGGGAACCGUUGACUGACUUCUUUGGCUGCACCAGCUGUGCUCCAUCAACUUCUGGGGUUUGGCCAAAGUUAAAGCUGCCUGUGAAGCUCAGAAACCUGGGUGUCAGCCCCGUCCCGUAAGUGGUUUAAGUAGAUGUUUGCAGUACCCAGCUUUGAACAGUAGAGGGAAUUAUGCAUCUCCUGCUGGGUUGUGGUUGAACUUCUUCGCUGUUCGCCUGCGGAUAAAAUGCAAUGACGGCUCAAGCCCUGUCGAGGAUGUGGACUGCUGCAUUGUGGGUCACGGUUGCUGCUGAGUCUGUGAUGGCAUUACUCUUAUUUCCUGUUAUGCUCGACCUCUUCCUGUGGUGGUAGUAGUGAUGGGUGAUGCACUUUCUCUUCCCCUGUCCGCUUAGAGUUCGUAGGAAAGGCUUGGCCUCUGGAACCGAGCAUAGGAGUGCCGCUGGGUUCUUGAGGGAAAGGGCCAAGCUGAAGAAAACCUACAGGUACUGGGAGAACUGGGGCGAUGGAGGUUGGGCAGUUGGGUGGGAGGAGGGAUGGAACCGAGGGGCUUGACUCCACCUGGGCCUGUUCCAAGCAUGCACAAAUGGGCAGUAGAAUUGCGAAUAGGGAGCUAGAAUUGGUAGUGAGGAUGGCAGCUGUCGCGGGAGAGGCCCUCUCCAUUCUCCCAGAAUCUUUGUUUUGUUCCUGGGGGUCACUCUUUAAAAACAAAACAAAAAAUGAAACCUGCUUAAGACCUGAGAUGGUGAGCUGGGAAGAAGCAAAACAGCAGAUUCUCCUCUCUGAAAAAAAGCAGGCAGCAGUGUCUUCCACCCACCCCUGCCCCAAAUGAGCCAUAUUCUCAGAUCUGCGGGAAGAACCAAGGUCACCUGGAUGGCUGGAGGCCAUUCCCUGUGUGUAGAGAACUCUCUAUCCCACCAGCUACAUGUCUGGCCAAACUAUGGAAAGCUUCAGGGUGGGGGUGGGGAGGAGAACUGGGGCGAGGCGAAUCGCAGUGCAGGCGAAGGCUAUUUGUCAAGGAGCGAUUCUGCGGUGUAGUCCUGGCAGCUUGCUGCGCCCUGCCUGGUAUCAUCCCCUUGCCUAAGCCUCCCUUUGUGCCAUUGACUGUUCCAGGAUGAGCGUGGCCACACUCUCUGUAUUCUACCAGAGCGCAAUGCUGCCAUAAGGGUCCUCGACCCCAGUUGGGCAUGAUAAGGCACAGCAGCAGAUUUGCAAUGCCCAUGCUAAAGGGGACUGGAGCAGGCUGCUGCAUUUAUCCUGGACGCUGCCUGCUUGGUCAGCUGGCGUCAUCCACCACCAACUCCUGAAAGUUUGACUCUCUGUUGCCGGCUGUCUCCUCAAGUGUACAAUGUCCGUCUUUGAAACCCCACGUGGGGACCUCUUUUCCUCCCGCGCAUUACCAGCACAUUUCAAGGUGUCCUGAGAGGUUUUAGACCGCAUAUCCGGCACAAGAGGUGGCUUUGGGAACAGCCUGAAACUAAAAAUUGAAUUUCGGGAGUGGGGCUCCAGGAGGAAGAACUGACAUUUUGGGUAGGGUCAAAGGAACUCUUCACAUGCUCUGCUGUAUUGCAGUCCGUGUCAACAUGAUGAUGCCUCAUAAGAAUUCUCCCAGAGUGUCAAUAAACCCAUUACUACAGAAACAGUU